AUGACGGAACCGCCGCCGACCUUGCUCACACUCCCGCGAGAGCUCCGAGACCAAAUCUUCAGUUACCUUUACCACGAGAAGCGCUUCAAAUGGGCAGGGGAGUCCCCUGAUAAUCCGUCAUAUUUUGAUCUAUGUUCAUUGGCGCUCUGGUCUCAUCACGCCAAAAUCUACCUGCACAACAGCCCGCAAUUGAGUGUACUGCUCACCCAUUCCCAGCUAUAUGCCGAGCACAUGCCGGACCUUGCCGUAUCGAUAUACCCCAACAUUUCUUAUCGCGGAAUGUGGCCUGUGAUACAAAUGCAUCCAUGCAAUCCCAAAAAUGCUAUAAUCGAGGCCUUUCUGCGCCAAGCUAAAGUCAUAUCAUUGUUCUUCCGAGUUCGCGAUCAAGAGUCCUGGAAGUCAUCCCAUGAGCUUGUCAACGCCUUCAGCAAUAUCGCGCUGGAGAUGAAAAUCCUGCGUAUCAGCACGCAAAUUGCGUAUACGCAUAGUCUGGAGUCUGUUAUGGGUAAUGAAGAUAUCGACUUGAAGAAGAUGAAGCAACUAGGUCCGCCAUUCAUCACUCCGUUGCCCAAGUUGACCGAUCUUCCUCUUGCGCAGCAUUGCAGAGCUUAUCGCAUCCAACCCUAUAUGAAUUGGAAUUUUCCGUUGCCUUGGGAAAUAUUAGCAGGUCACUGUGAAAUUGAUCUCAUGAGUGUCAGCAUGUCAGUAUAUGGGCGCGAGGUGACCGCCAAGCACAAGUGGACAACACAAGGAUGUUUGGACGCUUUGCCGCUACCGCUAGAAGAAAGCCUCAACGUCGAGAAUUUCACUCAUCAUGGCUGGUCUCCGGAAGUGGCGGAAAGAUUGUGCAGGUAUCCUUUGGAGAUGCUUGAGUGGGAAGAAGUGGAUAUCAAGGAGUCGAAGAAAUAA